AUGACUUCAACAUCUUAUUCAAUACCAACAGAACUCGGAAGUCCAAUACCAGCGAAUACAUCACAUGCAAUAUCAGUUACAUUACCAACAUGGCAAGAUAAUGUUGAUUAUGAAGAAGCAGCGGAGAGGGUAGUUAGUCGUAUGACAUGUGGCUAUCCAAGAUUUUUCAUUCAUCCUCAAAUAAAACAGUUGAUUACAACGUGUGAUCAAAAAUUUGCAAAACCAACAGAAACAUGUUUAUUAUUUCCAAGUCGUAAAUCAGCGCGAAGAUGUCGAGAUUUUAUUCUUCAAUAUUAUAAACAAACGUCACCAACAUCCCCGUCAACUUCUCCAACACCAUGUGUUCGAUUAGCUGAAAUUACAGUUAUUCCUCCUGACCAAGCGAAAUCAUCAUUUCAAGGGAGUGUAACUCUUCAUGUAGUUUUAUUUCCUAAAGAUGCAUUUCCUAUAGCGAAAUCGUAUUGGCAACAUGCAGGAGAAGGAAUAAGUUCAAGAUGUGCCGAAUAUUCCUUAAAUAUUAUGCAAGCUAAACAUGAUGAAAAAAGUUCUAUUACCGAGAAUUGUAACGAAAAAUCAUCAAUUUCUUUAAGAAGGCCAAUCUUUCACAAACGUUAUUCUUCAAAUAUUCGAACAUCAAAUAUUACAAAUAAUGAUUCUACUUUUAGUAAUAUAACUGAACCUAAAUCGCCAACGUCACCAACUGAUUCAACUUUUGCUGAAAAAUCAGCUACCGUAGAAGAAAAUUUUUAUGUAGAAGAAAGAUAUGGUCGUAAUCUUCCUAUCACAUUUGCAGAUAAAGCUAAAAUCGCACUUAGAAGAAGAAUUGCUGGUGUUCUUGGCGUUGAAGAGCAAAAUAAUGCUAGCGAAAUCGAUGAUUUGGAUGGGGUUAUAAAUAGAAAAAUCGAGAGUACGAAUGUUACUGAAAGAGGUAUUAAAGGUGUUACCGAGGAUGACGUAUUUUUAUUUUCUACUGGGAUGAGUUCAAUUUUUCACGCUCAUAGAUACAUCAUGAGUGCUUUUCCUCCAAACAAAAGCAUCUGUUUCGGAUUUCCGUAUGUCGAUACAUUGAAAAUUUUGGAAAAGUUUGGACCAGGAUGCCAUCUUUACGGAAAUGGAACGUCGGAAGACAUUGAUCAAAUAGAGAAUUUAUUAGAAUCAGGAGAAAAAAUUUCAGCAUUAUUUUGUGAAUUUCCAUCAAAUCCAUUGUGUAAAUCACCAGAUUUAAAAAGAUUAAGUUCAUUAGCUGAUAAAUACGAUUUUUUACUUGUAGUUGAUGAAACUAUUGGUAAUUUUGUUAAUGUUAGCGUAUUAGAAUGGGCCGAUAUUUUAGUUUCUAGUCUAACUAAAAUUUUUAGUGGUGCUAGUAAUGUUAUGGGUGGUGGGUUGGUGUUGAAUCCUCAAAAAAAACAUUAUGAAAAAUUGAAACAGGUAAUCGAACAGGACUAUGAAGAUUUAAUUUGGAGUGAAGAUGCUAUUUUCUUAGAAAGGAAUUCUAGAACUUUUCGUGAUCGUAUUCUAAAAAUCAAUGAAAGUACUGAAGAAUUAUGUGAUUUUCUUUCGAAAAGCCCGAAAAUUAAGGAAGUAUAUUAUCCAAAAUAUAUUACACCAGAAAUAUAUUCACAAUAUAAGAAAAUAAACGGAGGUUACGGAGGAUUAUUUUCAUUAACUUUCUAUUCAUCAAAAGCUUCACAACAAUUUUUUGAUUCUUUACCCAUAGCAAAGGGACCUUCAUUGGGUACAAAUUUUACUUUAGCUUGUCCUUAUACUAUCCUAGCUCAUUAUUUUGAAUUAGAUUGGGCUUCUAAAUUUGGUGUUGAAGCCAAUUUAGUUAGAGUUAGCGUUGGCUUGGAAGAUAGAGAAAUGUUGUUGAAAGGAUUUCAAAAAGGAUUAGAUUCUAUUACUGAUGAGGAGGAAAUUGUGAAAAAUGCAGAUGUAAUAUGUAUCGAUAAAUAA